AUGUCUAGCCCUCUUCUCUCCGACACUAUCAUGUUCCUCACCGCGGAAAGUGCCAGAGCACAUGAAGCCAUAACACACCCAGCCAAUGCCAACGGCCUAGUAUCGGGCCUCGAUGAAUUUGGCCGCACAUAUGUUGUUCUCCGCCUCAGCCUCGAUUGCCUUCCCAAAAACGUCGUCAAGGGCUUUGUUUUUGGGGCACGUAGUGACAGUGACAUCAUUCUUCCCUCAACUGACCAUCGCUUUUCUCUUAAUUUCGAUCCUUUAAAUGGCAAACCUGUCUUUCAAAACAGAUCUUCACGCUCCCUUUGGGCUGGCCGCAAAAAGCUGUCUUCUUAUUAUGAUACCGCGGAUACGGAGGAUGAGUUGAGGAUUAGUCUUGAAGGAUUUGAAUUCACGGUCCAUAUCCCUGAUCGUGAACUAUUCGAAGACUUACGAAUCCAAAUUACGGGAAUUCUUGACAUCCAGGUGGGAGGGAUCUGCCAGGGACUUCCACUCCCGCUACCAGCCCAGGGCCCACCGCACCAUGCGCACUGA